AUGCUUGAUGCUUGGACAGUCAAACCCAGGGAUGAAUCGGCAGCUGUGCCGUCCAAGAGAGAGGGCGGGAAGAAGCGAGAGGAGGGGGGAGGGCGACGGGAUGACAUGGAACGUGAGCAUGGUGUGGACGUGGUUGAUUUGGUGGGGUCGGGAGGUGCACGUGAUAGGGAGGAUGUGGAGGCGAGCUACGAUGGGCAGCAGCAACUGCCUCUGCUGCCUCAGUGGCGAAGGCGACAGCGGCGACAACGAAAGAAGCUCCACGAUGGCCAAGAGAAGGCUCGGCAGCAGCAGCAGCAGCAGCAGCAGGCGUCACAGGUUGUUUGUCAGGGUAAUAAUCAGAGUAAUCAGGGUGGUGUUGCCGCUCUCACUGCAGCAGCACAGCCACGCCAGCCCCUCUUCUUUUCCAAGCUGCAACAUCUCGAGCUUGCUGACGUGUCAGCACUGCAUCACCUGCCACGUGGCGUCCUCCAGCACCACUCGCUCAAGCACCUCGUGCUGGACGGCUACUCAGGCGCCUCCCUUUCUGCUGCUUGCAGUGUAAACUCGAACUUUCCAAGCCUGAGGGAGCUAUGGUUACAGGACCUUCCUUUGCUGCACGAGCUACCGCCCUCCUUUUCCUGCCUCUCCUCCCUGCACCGUUUGGUCAUCGCCCGCUGCCAUAGGCUCAUCUCACUCCCUGAUUGCCUGCCAGAGCUCCCCUUGCUGCGCGAUCUUGCCCUCGUGAUAAACCGCAACCUCACCGUCCCGAGGGGUUUCCUGCCGCAGCUGCACUCGGUGCGUCGACUGGUGGUGCAUCGGGGAUGGGAGAAUAAGACCUCGAUCGUGCAUCUCGGGCAGGUGAGGUCAAGUUUUGGGCUGCCCCCACGGGUGAAAGAGCUUCACACAGAUGACUUUGGAAGCGACGUGUUUCGGCUGCAUGAGCUGGAGAGACUAGAGGUGACUGAGGGGAACCUCGCAAAGUUCAGUAUCAGCGAGAUUAGGGUUUUGGAGGAGCUGGUGAUGGGUAGACGCAUGGCAGCAAGCGAGAAGCAUGGCAGCAAACAUUUCCUGCCCUGCUUGCAACGGCUGUCCCUUGCUAACUGCGAGGUUGGCCCUCGCUUCCCUCCCUGGAUGCGCCACCUCACGUCCUUGCAGCACCUCUCGCUUACCCACAUCCACCGACAUAUACUGUUUUGCUGCGCGUCCGAACAAGCCAACGAGCCUCGCCAGUUGCAACGCAUGCUCAAAGCUUAUGUGCAGGAGGAGGAGCAUUGGGAGAAUCUCGUGUCGCUGCAACGGGUUGACAGAUGUGCGUGCUGCCCAUUGGUUUUACCUUCGGAGUGGCAGCCUCUUGUGCGUGUGGUUAAAGCAGCAACAGCAGAGGCAGAGGCGUGCGGAGGUGAUGUGAUUCGACGAGCAGGAUUUGUGCUUGGAGACUCGGGAGCAGGGCUGACGUUUCAAAUUAGGCCUCCCUGA